UCUCUCUGACCCUAUAAGCUCCAGAUCUUUCCACACACAAUACAAAUACCUCUCUCUCUCUUUCUCUCUCUCUCUCUUUCUCUCUCUCUCUCUCCUCUUAUAUCUUCAUCACAAAUCUGCACAAACCAAACACACUCUUAUAAAAACCUCAAAUUCUCAAUCACUCUCUCCCUAUAAAAGAACCAUCUUUUCAAAUCCCUUCCCGCUUUCUUCACUCUUCUCUUUCCUACAUCUUCAUCAACCCGAUUCAAUCCUUGUCUUUUUCAGAUCCAAACCCUAAUUUUUCUCUCUAAAAAAAAGGGUUGAUGGCUGAUCAAGGAUUGGAAGGGAGUCAACCUGUAGAUCUACAGAAACACCCUUCUGGGAUCGUGCCUACCCUUCAAAAUAUUGUUUCAACAGUCAAUUUGGACUGUAAGUUGGAUCUCAAAGCAAUUGCACUACAAGCUCGUAAUGCAGAGUACAAUCCCAAGCGUUUUGCUGCUGUGAUUAUGAGGAUCAGAGAACCAAAAACAACUGCACUCAUCUUUGCGUCUGGCAAGAUGGUUUGUACUGGAGCUAAGAGUGAGGGACAGUCUAAAUUGGCGGCAAGGAAGUAUGCCCGUAUCAUCCAGAAGCUUGGUUUCCCAGCCAAAUUUAAGGAUUUCAAGAUUCAGAACAUUGUCGGCUCUUGUGAUGUCAAGUUUCCUAUACGGUUGGAGGGUCUUGCAUAUUCUCAUGGUGCUUUCUCUAGUUAUGAGCCAGAGCUGUUUCCCGGUUUAAUCUACCGUAUGAAGCAACCGAAGAUAGUCUUGCUUAUUUUUGUAUCUGGAAAAAUUGUUCUAACAGGAGCCAAGGUGAGAGAUGAGACUUAUGCAGCCUUUGAGAACAUAUAUCCUGUGCUUACUGAGUUCAGGAAAAAUCAACAAUGAUUUUGUCAUAAAAGCAGGGGCAACAUUCUCGCGGAGAAGCUCGUCGAAUUGUACAUAUACUAAGACAAAGGAGAUAUCUGAAUUUCUUUGUCAAAAAAAGGAGAUAUCUGAUUUGAAAAUUAAAACAGCCCUUUAUGUUGUUCUGCUUCUGGUUUUGAUGGAUCUUGAUAGAUAUUGUUAUGUGAAGGACAUUUUUUCUAUUGAAAUUGACAUUAAAAAAAAACGAUUUUGAAGAGGCAGAAGGAAAAAACAAAAGUGGGGGAAGCUUGAUGGAAUAACAUGUUCUGACAGUUAGCAUAUCAUGAAGUUUUGAACUAUCUUUUUUGAAAGAAAAGUUUUAAACUAUUUUGAUGUAUGGUGUUUCCUUAAAUUUUUAACCAUGUGAUAGGACUACUUGAUGGUAUCCACCACCUCUUGCAUUACAGUAGUGUAGUUGAUUGAACUGUAAAAAAAAGCUCUUUCUAUUUGUAGUAUGAAAAGUUUAUUAGAUUUGUUCUUUUAAAUCUUU